AUGGACGCCAAGAAUUCCCCUCAUUAUCAGCCAACGGCGCGCUCUUUGGCCACCGACCACGAGCACGUCCUGCCUUUGCUGGGCAAACCAGCUGCCUGGGCAACUCCCAAUGCUGUCCAUCCGGCCAUCAUCAAUACCUCCGCCUCCCGUCCAUGCCGAUGCGCAGCCUUUCACCAGCGAGCCCCCCGUCAGGAUGUAAACAGGAACGGUGUCACGAAGCUACGCAAGCCGCGGAAGACCAACAAUGCGUCUGCAGGGAAGUCGACCCUGUUCUGGGUCCAUACCGAUCCCCAGUCCGUGUCCGAAGGAACAAGGGAAGAGACGCUCAAGCGCAUCCGUUCCCAUGUCAUGUCAGAGCACAACCGCAAGAAGAGGCUAGAGAAUACAAAGCGUUACAAGAGCAAAACCUGGAAACACCUUGCCUUUCAGCCUGUGGAAACCACCGCCUCCAGUUCGUCCUCUGCCACCGCAGCUUCUUCGACUUCUCCGCCGGGACCAUCGCACAAGCAGACCGUCACCGAAUCCCCUUCGUUCGGCACGCGCAUCACUUCAGAUUCGUCCUCCUCCGGCUCGUCCUCUCCUGAACAGCGACAUAAAGAAGAGCCAGAUAAUGCAUUGGUUGUCACGAACGUGGCCAGUCAUCCGGCUGUUUCUGCAGGAACCGUUGACAACUAUAGCCUCGAAGCACCUUCGCAUAAUGCGCUCACGCCUGUACAGCCAGCCUCUCCGUGGGUUUACCUGGGCUCCGGGGGCUCAGAUCCGUUCAAUGCGAUGCACACGGUGAUGUCGGACCGUAUGGGCCGGCAUCUGCAGCACUUCUUUGAUUUGACACAGCAGGCAUAUCCGUUGCAACGCCGAUAUGGGCCCAAGUUGCGCGCCCAUUGGAUGACGUUGGUGCAGCAUGACCCGGCUUCAUUGCACGCUUGUAUAUGUGUGGCGGCAUCCAAUUCUGCAUUGGCCGCUGGGGAGUUCCCCCUGACGGAUCCGAAUAAGCGGCGUUCUAGUGUGCUCCUGCUCGACACGUUCCAUCACCGAGGGGAGACGAUUCGACUAGUCAACGAAGGCUUGUCAGAUCCGAUCAAGGCAUCCAGCGACGAGCUGAUUGCUGCGGUGUCAAUUCUUUUGACCAUUGAGAUUGCGUCGGGAAAUGCCGACUAUCUCAAAAUUCAUCUUGCCGGCCUACGGCAGAUGGUCGGCAUGAGAAAUACAUUUGCGGACGUGCCACCCGACGUUCGAUUCCAGAUUUCAUGGACUGACAUCCGCGUGGCAUGCAUGGCCGGCUCCAAACCUAUUUUCCCUUUCAUUCGUUACGCCCGUCCUUCGCAAUUAACACUUAUCCCCCCUAAUGAAGACCUUGCGCCUAUAGCUUCCCGUUUGAUACAACUAAUAGAGAUACCCGGCAUGUUCGGCGAUGCCAUACCUAAGACGAUAUACGACCUGGCCGAGCUCACAUGGUAUUGCGAGUGGAUCAAGAGCAGCCCACAAUACCAAGACUUUGAUGACGAGACGGAGAAUUACUUCAACACGGAGGUCAUCAGCGUCGAAUACUCCCUUCACACUGAUCGUUUCACGGCAACGGGCGGAGUGAAGGACGAGGCGACCAUCGAAGGUUGCGUUCGGCUAGCUUGCCUGCUGUUCCACAACACGGCCAUCUGGGGCUUCUACCCAGAUAUUGCGCCGGUGUUCCCCAAGCCCAUCACCACCCUUCGCGUGGCACUCGAAAACACCAUUUUGUCCGGUUACUUCCAGCUGUGCCGGGAUGUGUUGGUGUGGAUCCUGUUCACGGGGGCGUGCAGCGCGCGGCUGAUGCCGGAGCGAGGGUUUUUCGUGAGCCAGCUGAUCCCGGUGGUGCGAGAGGAGGGCAUCCAGACUUGGCAAGAACUGCGAGCCCUGCUAUUGGGCUUUUUCUAUGUGGACCGGUGUUAUCUGGUCCAGCUGCGCGAACUCUGGGACGAGAUCCAAGGAAGGGUCCGCGCGCCGCAGGAGUGUAUAUAG